AUGUGGGCCUCGGCAGUCGCGCCGUGGGUCCCCCGUGUGGGUGUUCGGUUGCUUUGUGGCCGCCAUGCCGCUGUCCUUCCGGGCCGCGCGCGGGAUCUGCAUGGCUCCGCCGUCUCCUGCGGCAGCAAGAAUUUGCUCAAGAAAUUUGCCUCGAAAACCAAAAAAAAGUUUUGGUAUGAAGGUCCUUCCUUGGGAUCCCACCUGACUUACAAACCAUCCAAGUUGGAAUUGCUAAUGACGAGUACCUCAAAGAAAACCAGGAAGGAAGACCACGUGCGUCUGAGGGCCCUGAAUGGCCUCCUCUACAAAGCGCUGACUGACCUGCUGUGCACCCCUGAAGUGAGUCAGGAGGUCUACGACCUGAACGUGGAGCUCUCCAAGGUGUCUCUGACUUCAGACUUCUCUGCCUGCCGUGUGUAUUGGAAGACGACUCUCUCUGCUGAACGGAACAAGCAUGCAGCAACCGUCCUGCAGAAAAGUGCCGCAUACAUGAGGUGGAUCGGUUGCUGGCAGUAGCUGACUUUGGGCCCCCAGAUGAAAGAGACAACUUUGCACAAAAUGAUUUCAGGGACCACGACGCCCCGUCACCGCACGACACCCUGGAACCUGCUGUGCACUCGUGUCUGUGUGGGAUCAAUCAUGAGGUGCUCAACAAGCAAAUAAUGGAGUACAAGAGGAAGAGAGAGAAAGGGCUCGGGGGUGCAGGUCAGGCAGUGCCAGGGCCUGAGCAGCUGGCUGAGCUGGCAAAGCAGAUGAGAAAGGGAAGGAAGAAGGCCAAGCCCCCCUCGGACCCUGACAUCUCCCCCAGGAACUACCUGUUGGAUGAGGAGGAUGAAGGCCCUGACG